CUCCAAUUCGCUCAACGCCCCCGGCCAUCAGCCUUCUGCAGACAAGGCAAUGUCCAUCUGGACAGUGGCGGGCGUUCUGCAGCCAAUCUCUUGAUAGUUUGCGCCUGCAUGAUCGGACAUAAGGCCGCUUUCUCAAUGUGAUCCAUUGGCUAGUUCGUGCUUCGGCUGCAGAACCCCUGCUUAAUCGGAGUCUGAGCCAAUCAACUCACUCAUAUAACACCGUUCCUGGCAGCCGACGAUGCAAGAGAACAGCAGAUCAUAUACAAGAAAAGGAAAAGACGGGAACUGCAGAAAGUCAUCCGGUCAUCCGUCCGUCGAGUAAUUGAGGACAAGGCCCAAGCUGCUUUGGGCCACGAGAAAUGACAUAUAAGAUGGAAUUGCCGAAGACCCCAGUGCCGUGGCUGACCACCAGCCCCUGGGACCUCAUUCGCAAUCAUCUGCAAAGAUGAGGUUUUCGGUGCUUCAGACUCUUGUCUCGCUGCCUCUGUUUGGCAAUCUCGUUCGCGGCCUGUCUGCAGCGGAAUGGCGCACUCAGUCCAUCUAUUUUCUCCUGACGGAUCGGUUCGGCCGGACUGAUAAUUCGACAACGGCGACAUGUAACACAGGGGAUCAGAUUUAUUGCGGUGGAACAUGGCAGGGAAUCAUCAACCACCUGGAUUAUAUCCAAGGCAUGGGCUUCACGGCCAUCUGGAUCUCGCCCGUCACCGAGCAGCUGUCAGCGAACACUGCGGAUGGCGAGUCCUACCAUGGAUACUGGCAGCAGAAGAUCUAUUCGUUGAACUCCAACUUUGGCACCGCGGAUGAUCUGAAAGCUCUGUCUGCUGCCUUGCACGAACGGGACAUGUAUCUCAUGGUCGACGUCGUGCCAAACCAUAUGGGCUAUGCUGGCUCAGGGAAUAGUGUGGACUACAGCGUCUUUGAUGCCUUCGACUCCUCGUCGUACUUUCACUCGUACUGCCUCAUCACCGACUGGGAUGAUAUCGACCAGGUCCGGACCUGCUGGGAAGGUGAUACGAUCGUCUCUCUGCCUGAUCUGUAUACGACGCAGUCGGCCGUAAGGACGAUCUGGUACGAUUGGGUUGAGCAACUCGUCGCCAACUACUCAAUUGACGGCCUUCGCAUCGACAGUGCUCUGGAAGUCGAACCAGACUUCUUCACGGGAUACGUCAGCGCGGCAGGCGUGUACAGCGUUGGGGAGAUCUUCAACGGCGACCCUGCCACUGCCUGUCCGUAUCAGGGAUACCUAGACGGCGUCCUGAACUACCCGAUCUAUUUCCAACUCCUCUACGCCUUCGAGUCCAGCAGCGGCAGCAUCAGCGACCUGUACAACAUGAUCAACUCAGUUGCCAGCGACUGCUCCGAUCCCACGCUGCUUGGCAACUUCAUCGAGAACCACGACAACGCGCGCUUCGCCUACUACACAAGCGACUACUCGCAAGCGAAGAACGUGCUCUCAUUCCUCUUCCUCUCCGACGGAAUCCCCAUCGUCUACGCCGGCGAAGAGCAGCACUACUCGGGCUCCGGGGUGCCCUACAACCGCGAAGCGACCUGGCUCUCGGGCUACGCGACGACGGCGGAGCUAUACCAGUGGAUCGCGACGACGAACGCCAUCCGCAAGCUGGCCAUCUCGCUGGACAGCAACUACAUCACCUACAAG